AUGAUUAAAUUAUUUAAAGAAGAAGGUAAAACAAUAACAGCAUGGGAUGUACUACUAAAUCAAUUGUCUUCAUUAACCGUUAAGGGUGUUUGCUUUAAAUCUGAUUCUCCAGAUGUUUUCUCAACGUUUCAGGGUUAUAAAUACAACGUUCUCGAAAAACCAGAUUACUCAAAAAUUGAGAUGUUUAUGAAUUUCAUUAAAGAAGCCAUUUGUGAUAAUAACGAUGAAGUGUAUAAAUACCUUCUCGGCUGGAUUGCAUCAAUGAUUCAACAUCCUGGAAUCAAGAAUGAAACAGCAAUUAUUUUGAAAGGACUUCAGGGAACAGGUAAAAACAGAUUCACAGACAUUAUUUCUGAACUUCUCGCUGGUUAUUCAUGCAAAAACAUUACUGAAAUAGGUGAGCUAACGGGUAAUUUCAAUUCAGUAGUUGAAAAUAAAAUGUUUCUUGUACUUAAUGAACUCAAGAAUGUAGGUGAAGACAGACUCGCAAACUUCAACGCUUUGAAAUCAAUUAUAACGGAUAAUGAGAUUAGAAUUAAUGAAAAGAAUCAACCCAGAAGAACUGCCCAGAACGUUGCAAACUUCAUUUUCGUAACUAAUAACGUCUACCCUGUCAAAAUUGAAGUUGGAGACAGAAGAUAUGUGGUUUUAAGGGUUAAUGGUAAAUUCAAGGGUCAAUUUGAUUACUUCAAGAAUUUAAUGGAUUCAUGCACAAAGGAAUUUUAUGAUAAUUUACUGACGUAUUUUAUGCAAUAUGACCUUUCAUCAUUUAAUGUACGAAUCAUACCGAUGACUGAAGCCAAACAAGAUUUAAUUGAAUUAUCAACAAAUCCUUUAGAUGUAUGGAUAAAUACACAUUAUGAUGAAUUGUGUGCAGGUAUGACGUGUGAAAAUGCUCUAUUCUGCAAACCAUCAGACAUGAAAGACAAGAAUUUCCAAAUGAGCAUUAAGGAUAAAUGUGAUAGGAAACAUAGAAGAAUAGAUGGUAAACAAACAUGGUGUUAUGUUUUGAAAGAAGAAAUGAAAGGAUUAUAUAAACAGGUUGAACCAAACGAUAAUGAGGAUUCAUUUACUGAUGAUGAAAUACCUGUAAAUGAAGCUUUAUAA